AGGUGUUAACAGAAUCAGGCAAACAGUUUCGAUACCAAAGGGUUACCAACCACAUCUCCAGCAUGAAGUUCCUGAUUGUCCUGUCCGCCGUUUUGGCCAUAACCGCUGCCGAACUCCAGCUGUCCGAUGAACAGAAGGCAAUUGCCCAUGCCAAUGGCGCCCUUUGUGCCCAGCAGGAAGGCAUCACCAAGGAUCAGGCGCUAGCCUUGCGAAAUGGCAACUUCGAGGAUACUGAUUCCAAGGUCAAGUGCUUUGCCAACUGUUUCCUUGAGAAGACUGGAUUCUUGGUCAAUGGCGAGGUCCAGCCUGAUGUAGUUCUGGCCAAGUUGGGACCUUUGGCCGGCGAAGAUGCCGUGAAGGCUGUUCAGGCUAAAUGUGAUUCUAUCAAGGGAGCUGAUAAGUGCGAUACAGCCUUCCAGCUAUUUAAGUGCUACUACAAGAACCGCGCCCACAUCUAAGCGCCCAAGUCUUGCGAAUUUAUUAUGUGUGAUAAUAUGUCUGUGACCUGUUAACUAUUUUGUUUUAACCAAGUAUAUCCAUGAGAAAAUCAUGCAAAGAUCUGUUAAUUCGUUGAAAAAGUCUUUGGGGAAGAGUUUGUAAAAAUAUAAAAUGACCUAAAAUUUUAAA